UCACUCCGAAAGGCCGCUGGGUACGGGGAACGCAGAGACUGUGCCGGGCGGUCGGCUCGCCUAGGCGCGCAGUGCGCGUGCGUGGGCCUGGGAGCUGGGUCCUCGGAGUAGGUCGGAGAUGGCGGCGGCCGACGGGGCUUCGCCGGAGGCGGCGGCUUUAGAGCAACCCACGGAGCUGCCUGCCUCGGUGCGGGCGAGUGUCGAGCGGAAGAGACAGCGGGCACUGAUGCUGCGCCAGGCCCGGCUGGCUGCCCGGCCCUACCCGGCGACGGCGGCUGCGGCUACUGGAGGCAUGGCUAAUGUAAAAGCAGCCCCAAAGAUAAUUGACACAGGAGGAGGCUUCAUUUUAGAAGAGGAAGAAGAAGAAGAACAUAAAAUUGGAAAAGUUGUUCAUCAACCAGGACCUGUUAUGGAAUUUGAUUAUGUAAUAUGUGAAGAAUGUGGGAAAGAAUUUAUGGAUUCUUAUCUUAUGAACCACUUUGAUUUGCCAACUUGUGAUAACUGCAGAGAUGCUGAUGAUAAACAUAAGCUUAUAACCAAAACAGAGGCAAAACAAGAAUAUCUUCUGAAAGACUGUGAUUUAGAAAAAAGAGAGCCACCUCUUAAAUUUAUUGUGAAGAAGAAUCCACAUCAUUCACAAUGGGGUGAUAUGAAACUCUACUUAAAGUUACAGAUUGUGAAGAGGUCUCUUGAAGUUUGGGGUAGUCAAGAAGCAUUAGAAGAAGCAAAGGAAGUCCGACAGGAAAACCGAGAAAAAAUGAAACAGAAGAAAUUUGAUAAAAAAGUAAAAGAAUUGCGGCGAGCAGUAAGAAGCAGCGUGUGGAAAAGGGAGACGAUUGUUCAUCAACAUGAGUAUGGACCAGAAGAAAACCUAGAAGAUGACAUGUACCGCAAGACUUGUACUGUGUGUGGCCAUGAACUGACAUAUGAAAAAAUGUGAUUUUUUAGUUCAGUGACCUGUUUUAUAGAAUUUUAUAUUUAAAUAAAGGAAAUUUAGAUUGGUCAUGUUCAAAAUUCAAAAAAAUGCAACAUCUUCAUAGAUGAAUGAAAUCCUUGUAUAAUGCUUCAGUAAUAAUUAUGUAUGUUAUGACUUAAAAUUAGCACAUUUCAGUGAAGGUCGCCUGGCCUGGUUGUGUGCAGAAUGUCAUGUCUGCGAUUGCUUUCUUACAACAGAGAUGGGAGCUGAGUGCUAGAGUAGGUGAAAAAGUGGUAGGUCAGCUACAAAUUUGUGGACAAGAUACCGAGGCAAACCCUAGACUGGGGUAGAGGGAAAAAGUUUCAAUAAAGGCCACAGCUGGCUGAACUGGAUUCUUAACCAGGAAACAAAUGGUGGUGUACCACUGUACCCCAGGUUCUGGUCAUGUGUUUUUUAGGACGAUUUCUGUCUCCACGAUGGUGGAAACAGUGGGGAACUACUGCUGGAAAAAGCCCUAAUAGCAGAAAUAAACACUGAGUUGUAGGAGUCUGAUCAUGUUUUCUGUACUCUUGGGGCCUCUAUUGUGGGCCUUAACAUUAGUCUAGAUAGCUUUUUAAAUGUUGGAUUAAAGUGGAAAAGAGCUGUUUUCA